AUGGGAAAGACGAUCCAGGUGUCUGGCUUCCCUUACCUUGUCCCAGCCGAUGAAGUAAAAAACUUUUUGGAGGGCUUUACGGGAGUAGGAACAGUAGUAGCUUUGGAGGUAAAGCCGUCCAAACGGAGCUCAAGACCGUAUGCCAGGGUCCAGUUCAAAAACAGCAGGUGUGCUGACAUCAUCCUUGACAUAGCGAGCAGGCGCCUAAACUAUGGCUCCUCUUACCUGCGGGCCUGGCAAUCAGAAUCCGACAUCAUAAUGAAUCCAAGGCAUUUUGUGCACGAGAUGGAGCAGGUAACCCUCAACUUCGGAUGCCAGACAUCCAGAGAAAGAUUUUCCGUGCUGUGGAAAGCUCCGGGUGUGUCCGUUAAAUUCGGGACGGGCAUGAAGAAAAUGCACUUCUUUUUUUCCCAUAAUUCGGAAGACUACAAACUUCAACUGUCGUACGAGAGCAUCUGGCAGAUUGUGCUGUACAGUCCACAUGGUCAAACCUCGAAGAUUUUACUCAUACAGUUGUUUGGCGCCCCCCGAAUCUUCAAGAAGCUCAAGGACUCAGUUCUCAGCUUCUUCAGAGAAACCCCGGACGAGCAGUGGAUACGAACCACUGACUUCACCCCAUCCUGCAUCGGACAGUCUUCCAGCCUCUGCCUCCAGCUCCCUCACGGCAUGCACCUCCCGAACUUCAAGGACAAUUUCGUCUAUUACAAGGAUAGCCGGGACUCCUUCUACCUGGACCCGGGUGUCCCUUUCACCGACCCCACUUCCUCCCUGGUCCCUAUCAUACGCCCAGUGAGAGUCGAGCUGCCUUAUAGAAUACUAUUCAAAGUCUGCAGUUUAGUCCAAACUGGCUGCCUCUCGGGGCCCACCCUGGAUUACAAAUUCUUUCAACUAAUCAAUCCUGGAAGGUUCAACAUCAAAUACAUUGAGCAUGCUCUUGAGAAGUUGUACUAUCUCAAAGAGUGCUGCUACGAUCCGGUUACGUGGCUUUUCGAGCAGUACGAAAAGUACCGCACAUUAAGAGAGGUACCGAGUUCGCCCACCAUAUCAUUGGAUGAUGGCUUGGUUUACGUCCACAGAGUGCAAAUAACCCCGACUCGGGUCUACUUCUCGGGACCGGAGGUCAACAUGUCCAACCGCGUCCUGCGCCAGUAUAAACACCUCACAGACAAUUUCUUGCGUGUCUCAUUCGUGGAUGAGGAGUGGGAGAGGAUGUACUCGACCGAUCUGUCCCCUAAGGCGGGGGCUGCCGCUGGGAAUGGUAGCCGAAGGACAAAGCUUUACGAGAGGGUGCUGUCGAUACUUCAGAAUGGGAUAAGGAUCGGGAGCAAGAAAUUCAAUUUUCUUGCAUUUUCAUCUAGCCAGUUGCGAGACAAUUCUCUGUGGAUGUUUGCUCCGAGCGAAAGUGAUGGCCUGGAUGCGGGUGGCAUCAGGCGGUGGAUGGGCGACUUCCGUUCGAUAAAGAACGUGGCCAGGUACGCCGCCAGGCUCGGACAGUCGUUCGGAUCCUCGACUGAGACCCUGACAGUGAACGUAAACGAGAUUGAUUUUAUUCGCGAUAUUGAGCGUGUGAAAGACGGGAAAACAUAUGUCUUCUCUGACGGGAUCGGGAAAAUAUCGGCCGAUUUUGCACGCAGGGUGGCUAGCAAAUGCGGGUUCAGGAACUCAACGACCCCGUCUGCUUUCCAGAUCAGGUAUGGCGGCUACAAAGGGGUCGUGGCCGUGGACCCUGGCUCGUCCUGGAAGCUCUCAUUGAGGGAUAGCAUGCGCAAGUACGAGUCAGAAAACAGGAAACUCGACGUCUUGGCCUGCAGCAAGUACCAGCCGUGCUUCCUGAAUCGCCAGAUCAUAACCCUUUUGUCCACUCUUGGGGUUCAAGACCAUGUUUUUGAAAGGAAGCAGAGGGAGGCCGUGGCACAGCUGGACGGCAUCCUGGUGGACCCUAUAAAGGCCCGGGAGGCUCUGUCCUUGAUGUACCCAGGCGAGAACACAAAUAUUCUGAAAGAAAUGCUGAAAUGCGGGUACAAGCCCGAUGCGGAGCCCUUUCUUUCGAUGAUGCUGCAGACUUUUCGGGCUUCUAAGCUGCUGGACCUUCGGCUUAAGGCAAGGGUGUUUUUGCCAAGGGCCCGCCAGAUGAUGGGCUGUCUGGAUGAGACGGGGGUUUUGGAUUAUGGGGAGGUGUUUGUGCAAUUCUCGGGAACCGAGCGCGGGAAGUAUGAUUAUGAUAAUGAUGAUGAUGAUGAUGAUGGUUACAAUGAUUAUGUGUUGGGUGACUGUAAUUAUGUUGUGAGGGGUAAUGUGGUGGUGGCGAAAAACCCAUGCCUGCAUCCAGGUGAUGUUCGGGUGCUAAGGGCGGUUGACGUGCCGGCUUUGUACCAUAUGGUGGACUGUGUUGUUUUUCCGCAGAGAGGGGAAAGGCCCCACCCGAAUGAAUGUUCGGGAAGUGAUUUGGAUGGGGACAUAUACUUCGUUUGUUGGGACUCCGAUUUAAUUCCGCCGAGGCAAGUUGCGCCUAUGGAUUAUAGUCCAUCUCCAACCAUAGAGCUCGAUCAUGAGGUGACAAUCGAGGAAGUGGAGGAAUACUUCACCAACUACAUGGUGAAUGACAGCCUGGGCAUCAUAGCCAACGCCCACACGGUGUUUGCAGACUGUGAGCCCGAGAUGGGCAUGAGUAAGCCCUGCCUCGACCUUGCCCGCCUCUUCUCCAUCGCGGUCGACUUCCCCAAGACUGGCGUCCCGGCUGACAUCCCUGCCCACCUGCGCGUCAAGUCCUACCCGGACUUCAUGGAGAAGCCCGACAAGACCACCUACGAGUCGACCCGCAUCAUCGGCAAGCUCUUCCGGGAGGUCAAGGACCUCGCCCCACACACCGCCCCCAUCCGCUCCUUCACCAGCGACGUGGCCCGACGGGCCUACGACCCGGAUCUCGAGGUCCCAGGCUUCCAGGACUACGUGGACGAGGCGUUUGAUUACAAGACGGAGUACGACUACAAGCUGGGGAAUUUGAUGGAGUAUUACGGGAUAAAGACGGAGGCGGAGAUACUGAGCGGGGGUAUCAUGAAGAUGUCCAAGACUUUUGACCGCAGGAAGGACGCGGAGGCGGUGGGGGCCGCGGUGAGGUCGUUGAGGAACGAGGCGCGCUCGUGGUUCCGCAAAGGGAGCGAGUCUGAUGACCCGCGCGCAAAGGCAUCGGCUUGGUACCACGUGGCCUACCACCCCGACUUUUGGGGGAAAUACAACGUGGGGUUGAAGAGGGAUCACUACAUUAGUUUCCCAUGGUGCGUUUACGAUCGGUUGGUGAGGAUCAAAAGGGAGGCGUUGCGGAGGAGGCGGGACCAGGAGGAGGCAGGCUUGCUCGGGCGGGAAUUCAGCCGACGUUUGAAUUUGGGAUGA